AUGAACUUCCUGAUGAGAGAUCCAGUCAUACAGGGAUCAAGUAUGGCAUAUCAUCCGUUUAUACCUCACCGGGGUCCGGAAUUUGCCAUGAGUGCAAUGCUGGGUCACCAGCCUCCGUUCUUCCCGGCCCUGGCUCUCCCUCCCAGCGGCUCCCUCUCUCUGCCGGGCGCGCUGGGAAAGCCGAUCAUGGACCAGCUGCUGGGAGCUGCGGAGACCGGCCUCCACUUCUCUUCGUUGGGGCACCAGGCUGCGGCCGCCCACCUCAGGCCUCUCAAGACUUUAGAGCCCGAGGAAGAGGUGGAGGACGACCCUAAAGUUCACCUGGAAGCUAAGGAGCUUUGGGAACUCUUCCAUAAGAGAGGCACCGAGAUGGUGAUCACGAAAUCUGGAAGGCGGAUGUUCCCUCCGUUCAAAGUGAGGUGCACUGGUCUGGACAAGAAGGCCAAAUAUAUUCUCUUGAUGGAUAUUGUUGCUGCCGACGACUGCAGGUACAAAUUUCAUAACUCCCGCUGGAUGGUGGCGGGGAAAGCCGACCCCGAAAUGCCAAAGAGGAUGUACAUUCACCCGGACAGUCCGGCUACUGGUGAACAAUGGAUGUCAAAAGUCGUCAAUUUUCACAAACUCAAGCUGACAAACAACAUCUCCGACAAGCAUGGAUUUGUAAGUUCAACUAAUACUAUACUUAACUCGAUGCAUAAAUAUCAGCCUCGAUUCCACAUUGUGAGGGCCAACGAUAUUCUCAAACUCCCGUACAGCACCUUCAGGACUUAUGUUUUUCCUGAAACGGAUUUCAUUGCCGUGACUGCUUAUCAAAAUGACAAGAUAACCCAGCUGAAAAUUGACCAUAAUCCAUUUGCCAAGGGAUUCCGUGACACUGGCAAUGGGAGACGGGAAAAGAGGAAACAGCUGGCCCUGCAGUCCAUUCGCUCAUACGAGGAGCAGCAGAAAAAGGAGAACGGGGCUUCAGACGACUCCUCUGGAGAGCAGGCUUCCUUUAAGUGCUUCGGCCAGGCCUCGUCCCCUGCCGUGUCUACCGUGGGCCCCCCACACCUGAAAGAUUUCUGCGACAGCGAUGAGGACAGCGACGACGAGAGCAAAGACGGACACAUCAAAGAUGGUCCGGACUCCAGCAAGAUUUCCACAACUACAGAGGAUGGAAAGGACCAUGAGGCGAGCCCAGCUAAGGGGCACUCCUUUAGUAACAGUGAUUCUACUAGCAGAAACCGCGAUAGCGGCCCCAGGACUGAGAAAAGCCAGGCAGACUCGAGGCAGAGCCCCAUCACAGUCAUCUCCAGUACUACCCGCUCUGGAGAAGACCUCAAGAGCCCAAACCUGGACCAGCCAAAAACGGACGAGUGCAGAUCAAUAAGCAAGGAAAGUUUCAUGCCUUUGACUGUACAGACUGAGAGCCCGCACAUAGGCCACAGCCACUUGCAUAACUUUGGAUUUCCAACAGGUCUAACAGGACAGCAGUUUUUCAAUCACCUAGGGAGCGCGCAUCCGUUUCUCUUGCACCCCAGUCAGUUCAACAUGGGAGGCGCAUUCUCAAACAUGGCCGCGGGCAUGGGGCCACUAUUGGCAGCUGUGUCCACGGAAGGGGUGAACGCCAUGGACACGACGGGCAUGGCAUCACCUCAGCAAACCUUGACGCCAGGCCUACCUUUCCAUCUGCAGCAACAUGUCUUGGCAUCACAGGGCAUUGCCAUGUCCCCGUUUGGUAGUUUGUUCCCUUAUCCCUACACGUACAUGGCAGCAGCUGCAGCAGCUUCGUCCGCCGCCGCCGCCGCUGCCUCCUCCUCGGUGCACCGGCAUCCCUUCCUGAACGCAGUGCGCCCCCGACUCAGGUACAGCCCUUACUCCCUUCCCAUGACGGUACCGGAUAGCACGCUGCUCACCACAGCCAUGCCCUCCUCCAUGGCCGGCGGCGGGGCCGAGCUGAAAGGGGACGGCAUGGUCCCAGCCAGUCCCGUGUCUGCUGUCACCCUGGAUUCUACAUCGGAGGUGACCAGCCACUCGUCCACCAUAUCCUCCGGCUCGGUUUCCGUGUCACCAAAAACUUGCACAGAGAAAGACGCCGCCAAUGAGCUACAGAGCAUCCAGCGCCUGGUCAGUGGACUGGACUCGAAUCAGGACAGGCCACGAAGCGGGUCCCCAUAGGAGUGCUUUUUUCUUUUUUUUCUUUUCUUUUUCUUUUUU